CGCUAGUGAUCAUCAACAUUCAAUGUUAUGCGAUCGACUUCAGCAUAGAUCCGAAUUAUGGCAUCCGAUUAGUGAAGCAUCCAAUUUGUCUCUAUAAACAUUCCACCUAAGAAAUGGGAUUUGGGUGAAACCAUUCUAUUCAUCGAUUGAUGGCAGACGAGGAGUUGAUCAAUAAAAUCCACGAGCUCAGCGACUUGGAGCUCGCCGCACUGAUAUGUUUAGUCGCAGAAGAGCACUGUAUCAUUGAUACAGAUCCCGACGCUCUAGGCGAUCUCGUACAAGAGUUACAGCUGGUCGCAUCGAAAGUCUUCGGCUUAACCUAUGCUGUUAUCGAUUGCAAUAGCCACACCACUCUCGAUGAUUUUGCACAUGCAAUUCUUUCCGUUGAUGCGGCUCCUACUCGAACCAAUUCUCCUGCGAUAAGUCGUCGCGACUCGUACUUCCUACAAACACCCGCUUUCCAAUCAAUCAAUAGACCGCCUGUACCGGAAACGACCGAUAAUAAAAGGAUAGCAAAUGUGAUCAUUGCUAGGAAUCUUGAUGAAGCGCCGCAGCAGAUACAGAUUCAAGCGUUAGAGCUAAUGCGAACGAAACGGUUGUUCACAAGGACAUCCAUACAAAAUGCGCCAAAACGUUUCUUGUUUGUUGCUGCUAUAGCAGGCGGAGAGGGCCCAAGGUUGACAAAACAUCUUAAUGAUUACAUGUUCAUUUCUCAUGUACACGACCCUGAGGAUGGGUUCCCGAACCUAGAAGAUAUGUUUACAGACGAUACGAGUUCCACAUUAUCAGUUGUGAAAAGGAGUCCAACAAUACAGACGGAAGAAAGUUUAUGGGCGAGAAUAUCUCCGAUGGAUAUCGAAAAUUUAGCCCAGCAAAGCAAAAAUACUACAGUCAGUGUUGAGGUCAAGCAAUAUCAACAAAAUAUUGCUUCAUUCCUUAGAAUACAUCGCGCGGUAGAGACGGGUAUAUCUGCAGUUGCUACAAAGCAUUUUGAUAAGCUUGUUAGAUGCCUCGCGCCUUUGCACGGCCUUCCAUAUGCUACCCCAUCUCUUAUUGCUCUUGCCGCCAGAAAGAUAUACCUUCAUCGCAUUGAGAUCGUAAGUCCAGAAAGAGAACGUAGUAUGCAGUGGGGAAGUGACUUAGAUGCCAUCAGAGAAAUGUUGGAUGGUAUAGGACCAGAGGAAGUGAUUGAAGAUGUGUUGGGUAGUGCAGGGGCCGAGGCUCCCUUUGCCGAUUUGCCUUUUCCUGAAUUCGUGGUUGAUGCGACAUCUGCUGUUGCCCGCUUAAUCGUGGGAAUUCCAUCGGAGUAUGUCUCCACGGAAUCUUCUCCCAUAUCUUCAAACACACUCGGAAAAUUAUGCAGCCUAGCUUUGACGAAAUUUCACUGCUUUCCCAGGCUACCUCUCGAGUUACGUCGCAAGAUCUGGGAUAUCUAUUUUGGUCCGCAGCUUGGCCGGAUUAUCGAGAUCGAAUGGGAUCCGACUCAUCCCGUUGACAAGCAUCAUGGAUACAGAGCAACAAAGCUUCGGCAUUUCGAUAAUCGUCCUGAAGGGCAUGAACCACCAUCUCGACUUACAUAUUUUGAUCCUUCUAUCGAUAUCGUCUACUUCGGUUACAACACUUGUUUUGGUACAAUGUGCCUCUUUGUGGACAAUUUGGUUAGGGCGGGAAAACAACUUUCGCGUGUUGCGACUCGUGGCCUCGUUGAUAGAAAUUACUCUUGUUUAAAGGAUCGCAGAUCGGUCUUGGACGUUUGUUGUUCUUAUGUGACAGAGAGUGCCCUCACAACCCUUGUCCAGUUCCCAGCAAACUCCCUCCGUGCAGAAGAUAAUUACAAUCGACAGCUAGAUUUUGUUUGA